GGUACAUUUGAAAAACAACCAUUGAACCCAUACAAAAUCCCCGCCCCUCUCUUAAACCCUAACCUCUCGAGAGACGCAGCAAACGUUAUUGAGAGCGCUUUGAGUUUGGAAUUUUUGGAGAUAUAUCACCAUGUAUCUUCAAUUUUACAUAAACGACAACGGGGACAAGGUUUACACAACCAAGAAAGAGUCACCACUUGGGUUGGCAACACAGUCUGCUCAUCCAGCUCGCUUUUCGCCAGAUGACAAGUACUCUAGGCAGCGAGUUCUUCUGAAGAAACGCUUUGGAUUACUUCCAACACAAAAACCUGCUCCCAAGUACUGAUAUCCAGGAUUCAGAUAGUUCUAUGGAAACUCAAGAAAAAAGUCCACUUGGGUUUAAGGAUCACAGAUAAUAUUUUUGUGGUGUUUGCAGUUUAAUAUGAUACAUUUCUACGCACUUCAUGGGACUAUAGUGGUAGGGACGUGUACUAGUUAUCAACUAGUUCUCAGUGACUAUAAAAUGUAAUCUUUUCUCUGAAUCCAUACUAUUAUAGUAGUUUUUUUAGUCUUGAAGCUUAA